UCAGUCACUGAGCUGCACUGCUCGUCCUUUCCUCUCUCUACACGCCCCCAGCAGCCAGCGCCGACCUGUGUUCCAGCAAUGGGACCAGCUGGCACCACAGUGAAAUACCAGCUUCAAAAUAUGACUUUCCGGAAUGAAUAAUUGACCAAGAACAGGAACGCGAGUGUGGAAAACAAAUCGCGAUUGAUUCAAGGAUGUUUCCCCCAGAUGCACGUUGCUCACGGUUGGAUGCGAUCUUGCUGAAAGUGAUGGGUCUGGUUUGGCUGAGCAGUUUUGCUAAAACUUCUUCGGACUUUUCCGGGUAUAUGUCAAGAGUUUUGAGGAAUUACACAGAGCAUGCCUGUGAUGGAGAAUAUAUUUCUCUGCGAUGCCCUCAUAGAACAACCAUCAGUAUCCAGUCUUCAUUUUAUGGCAGAAGGGCACCCAGUCACCAGAUGUGUCCAUCUCGCUACCCACAAACUUUCAAAGAUCUUGAAAAGGAAGAUUUAUCCUGUGCAGCUAUCACAUCUUUGCAGAAAAUGUUGGAUGAAUGCCAGGACAGAAGAAAUUGUCAGCUUCUUGUCAAUGGUCGAAUAUUUGGGACAGAUCCUUGUCCUGGAACCAGUAAAUACCUCAUAGUAUGGUACAAGUGCCGGCCAAAUGAAUACAAGAGUAAAGUGGCUUGUGAAGAUGACAAGCUACGGCUGAACUGUAAACGAAGUAUGGUGAUAACCAUCUACUCUGCCAUCUUUGGCCGUUCACAAGAGGGAAGCUUGGAAUGUCCUUUCCAGAAUGUUGGAGCUCCAGCAAUAGACUGCCAGUCAACCUUAGCUUUACAGAUUAUGACUAAACGAUGCCACGGGAAGAGAAGCUGCAGUGUAUAUGCCAGUUCCUAUGAGUUUGGUGAUCCCUGUUAUCCAGGCAUCCGCAAAUUCCUCAAUGUCAUCUACACCUGUGUGCCUAAGAAACUGCUGGAUGAAACCAAUCCCAAGCCAACUCAUUAUAAAGGGAUUCACCACCUCAGUUUUCCACCACACCCCAAACCUUAUGAUCCUAACAUUAUAGGUGAUGGUGUCUUCCCCCAUGAUGUAUUACCUUUUAUAACAGAAGCAUCUUUGCCAGAAGAAAAGAAGAAAGGAAGAUCAGCCUUCGAUUACCCCAUGGAUGCUAAACCCCUUCCAGCUCCACUGGAUGAGAUUGACAAACAGCUUCUUGAAACAAGGGGUAUUCAGACUGAAAUGGCGUUAUUAAGCAACAUUUUGGAAACCUAUUCUUAUAUCAUUGACAAUCCUGAGAAAACUGCUUUGUAUUUUGUGUCUGGAGUGUGCAUUGGACUGAUUCUAACACUGUGUGCUCUGGUGGUGCGGAUAUCCUGCCGGACAGAUUUUAAGAAAUCAGUGGUCAAGAAUGCAAAUGAGGAGGAUAGUAAUGAUGAGGAUGACAGUGAUGAUGAUAACUCUGAUACUACCUCCGAUCUAUCUGCCAGGCGGCACCGCCGCUUCGAGAGAACUUUAAACAUGAACGUUUUUACCUCGGCGGAAGAGCUGGAACGGGCACAGAGAUUGGAAGAGAGAGAACGGAUAAUUCGGGAGAUUUGGAUGAAUGGCCAGCCAGAUAUUCCUGCCACUAGGAGUUUGAAUCGCUAUUACUAAUGUGUUACCUAGGUCCGCAACUUCGAUAUGGUAAUGGUUUGGAAGAUGUGAUGGUGCUUUUGACACCCACCAGCUGUAUAUGACUGGAACUAUAGUUAUCCUCAGCUCUGGGUGCAUCUCCAGAGCCAUAACUGGAGCAAAGAACUUUAAUUUCACUAAGCAUUUGAAAGAACUUUUCCAAGUAUUCAAGCCAAUUUGUUCCCUUUAAUAACUGAAUUGUUACCAGUAUCCACUAAAUAAUCUCAGCCUUAAUUCAUCAAGGAAUUUAUCUUAUUUAACAAAUUUGUAGAUUUAUUUUCCAGUGGCAAAACUGAACUGGUGCCUCAGGGAUAAAAUCCUGUUAUUUUAUUUGUUAAAGUUUUUAAGAGUGAAUUUUCAUAUUUUGCAGGAUGUAUCACUGAGUAUACACAACAUUUGAGGGAAUAAAAGCCUCAAAGAGGUUCAACAGUGAUUUUCAGAGAAAUACUUAUGAAUGUGCCUUUGCCUUUCCAAUUUGUUCAUUGCUGUUAUUGGAAAGUGCUGCACAAAACUUUUUAUCGUAUCGACAAAGCUUUAUAAAUUACAAAAUCAGGAUGUAUGAAUGUAAUGUACCAAAGGUUAGUUGAACAAGACCAAAGCAUGAUCUUCUCUUGGAUAAAUAUUUACAAAAGGAAAUUAAUAUUCUGAAUGUUACUAUUCUCCUACGAUCACAUCACUGACGUUGUUGGGACCUAUGGCAAGGUGUACACAAAUAACUGAGUUAGCUUGCCCAAUUUUCUGAGCAUCAACUUGAGUUUUUUAGUCCCAGGUUAUCAGUGUGGUGAUAAAAAGAAAUACUGCAUAUGUUAGAAGUCUGAAAGAAAAACCAAAAAUGCUAGAAAGAGAGGUCUGAUGAACAUCAAAAUGCCUUUCUACUUCAGAUGCUGACUUGCUGUGUAUUUCUAGUAUUUUCCGUUAGUGACAUGAGUCACAUUGAUGGUUCAAUAUACUCAGACUGAAGUAUUGUCAAGCAUUUAUGCUCAGCUUUUUUGACAGACAUCAAAACUGAGUGUACAGUCAUGCAUUGUGGUUUUAUUUGUGACUGUUAUAGGACUUAGACAGCUUCAAUGAAAAAAAUCCAGAAAAUCUGAUUGAUCUAAUUGUGACCAAAAUUUCUCUUUGACUUUCCAUUAAAAAUUUGUGAUGGGUUAACAAGGUUUGUAUAUUCAGAACCUUAAGCCACAAAACCAUGACAAAAUAUUUGAUAUUUUACUAUGUAAAAAUUGUUGUAAUUUUAAAACACAAGAGUAAACUAUUAAAGCUAUACAAAUGCAAAUUGUUUUCUGCCUUUAGAGCAUCAGUAUUUUUUGUAAUAAAUUGGCUGUUGAAACACUUAGUGCUGCUGUUAGGUUCAGUUUGCUGCAAAAAUAUUCAAGUAAAUACUUAGAGAUUGGAAUAUGUCACAAUAAGUUACCCAAUACUCAAAAUAAACCUUUGGUUUAGUGGCAACAUUCCUACUUUUGAUUCAGGAGGUCAGGUAUUCAAACCCUGCACUAGAUAUCUAUGAAUGAAUUGAUGCACCAUCUUGUACGCACAAUGCACAGAUUUUAUAUUUAUAUAUAAAGUGACAGGAGCAGAAACAGCAGCUUAAUUUAGGCAAUGGGCGAAGCGGAGCUAUCACAGCACUAGAAACUAUGUUGCUUUUGCCUCCUUGUCAGGAAGCUACUGUGCUUAAACCAAUGGCAAUGUUUUAAGGAUCAAAUGACUGAGCCUGGAUCUAUGCAUGAUCAAAGAACGAGAUUAAAUUGGAGAUGGGGGUUAGGUUUAGGCACAGAUUUAAGACUAAAUGAAAAGAUUUCUUGCUUUUCUUCUGCAAAGGAAUUAUAGAUGUUUUAGAGGAAUAUAGUAUAUCUGGAUUUUUUGGUUCACUUAUUAAAAAAAUAUAAUUGUUUCUCAAA